UGUUGUGGAAGGAGGCAGAGCUACUGCUGCAGCGCCGUCCACAAAGAAAGAGGGGAAAAGUGUGAUUUCCACUAGCCAGGCCAAGAUGGUGGUGUUUCCCAGUUCUCUGACAGAAGAAGAAGAGUCUCUGCAAAAGAAAUAUGCAAAGCUGAAGAAAAAGAAAAAAGCUCUUCUGGCUUUGAAGAAGCAAAGUUCCACUAACCAGGCAAACCAAGGAGGACUCAAACGGACGCUGUCAGAUCAGCCUGUACUGGACACAGCAACGGCCACAGAACAGGCCAAGAUGCUCAUUAAAUCUGGAGCAAUCAGUGCCAUCAAGUCUGAGACAAAGAACUCUGGAUUUAAACGGUCCCGUACACUGGAGGGAAAACUCAAGGACCCAGAGAAAGGUCCUAUCCCAGCCUUCCUGCCGUUCCAAAGGAGCAUCUCCACUGACGAAGAACCUUCCGAGUCUGGCAAAAGGACCCACAGAAAAUCUCUCUAUGAGAGCUUUGUGAGCUCUGCUCAUCGUUCGCGUGAAGAUGAGGACGGAGGAAGUUCCUCUUUCUCCAGCCGUGACGCAGAGAGAGACCGUGACAUGGACAGAGAGAAGGACAGGGACAAGGAUCGUGAGCGCGACCAUGACAGGAGCAGAGAUAGGAGCCGGGAGAGGGGCAGAGACCGUGAUCGAGACAGAGAGAGAGACAGAGACAGGGAUAGGGAUAGAGAUAGAGAUAGGGAUAGAGACAGAGAAAGAGACCGAGACCGAGAUAGGGACAGGGACAGAGACAGGGACAGGGACAGAGAACGGGAUCGAGAACGAGACACCCCAUUCCGACGGUCAGACUCGUACCCAGAGCGAAGGGGUGUAAGGAAGGGGAACACGGUGUAUGUGUACGGCACCGGCCUGGUGGAGGACAGCCUACGUACUGCCUUCUCUAAGCACGGCACCAUCAUUGACCUGUCCAUGGACUCUCCUCGCAACUGUGCCUUCAUUACCUUUGAGAAGAUGGAGUCUGCAGACCAGGCUGUUGCUGAGCUGAAUGGCACUACAGUGGGUGACACCACGAUCAAAGUGAGCAUCGCCCGGAAACAACCCAUGUUGGAGGCAGCCACAGGAAAGUCCCUCUGGGCCUCUUUGGCUGUGCAGAACAGUGCAAAGGGCUCGUAUCGUGAUAAGAGAAACCAGGUGGUGUACAGCGAAGACUUCCUCUGAAACACGUGAGAAGGAAAAACUGCACCGCUAAAUUAAUAUGUAAAAAUAGUUAAUGUAAAUUAGGUUUAGUGUUGGCUUCAGCUUCAGUUUGAAUACACUUUUCCAUGCUGUUCAAGUUAUUAAUGUGUAGUAAAAAAAAAAGUGUAUUAAUCUUUUUGAUAUCAGCUUUGUGUAUUUAAAACUUGAGGGAA